GAUAUACUUUAAUCUUUUUUAUUGUGUAUUUUUCAAAUACUUUAAUCUUCAGAAAAUCAUAGACAAUUUGUGCACCACGAAAAUUAAACUAGUUUAAAAAAUCGUGUAAAGGUGGUGGUGGUGGUGUGUGUGUUCACGCGCAUGGUAGAAGCUAGAGUACACCGCACAAACCAAAGGUUAUACACAUACUAUAUACUUUAUAUUAUAGUUUGCACUAUUUUAAUGGAGGCUGGCUACCUUAAUUCCACAUGCUUAAUUUUGCACCCCUUUAUUAUAUAACCGUUUCAUUCUCAAUAGCAUCUCAAAGGGUGUCCUGAGAAGGAAUCACACACAAAAAAUUUCAGGCGAGUUUAUCCGGUUCACGGCGAAUCGUGACGGCGACGAUGGUAAUAGUGAAUAUGGUUAUGGACAUGAUGGUGAUGGUGGUGACGACAACAAUAAUAGCGGUGUGUCGGAGUCACUAGGAUUGAAUUUCAACCAAGUGAUGCAACACGGUGGUGUGGCAAUGCAAGGUGGUUCUUUGGCUUCAGGGUACAACAGGGGUGAUCCAGAGUUUAGAGAAAUGGUUUCGGCUUUGACACACGUGGUGUCAUCAGGGUCUAGCCAGAGGAACAUCGAAAGUGGUUAUCCUAUGAUGUCUGGUUUUGGAUAUGCAUCUUCUCUUUCUCGUUUCUCUUCUUCUUCUUCUCCUUCUCCUUCUUGGGUUGGUCACAAAAGAGGGAGAGAAGAAGCACAAGAGAGUGGCUCAUCACAUAACUUGAUGCAGCAACAACAACAACAACAAAGUGCCACAAGACUCUUCAGAAACGUUGGUGACUUCAUGGUGCCUUCUCAAGGAGACUCAUCAACAGUGACAGAAGAACAUCCCACCUCUACAACUGCUUCUUCAGUAACCGCCAUCAUGACAGCAGUUUCUGAUACUGCCAUGACGACGGUUACUGAAUCAGCUUCAUCCGGAGGUGGGGAAAGGAGGAGAAAGUACAGAGGAGUGAGGCAGAGGCCAUGGGGGAAGUGGGCAGCAGAAAUCCGUGAUCCACACAAAGCAGCAAGAGUUUGGCUUGGCACAUUUGAAACUGAAGAAGCAGCAGCUAGAGCAUAUGAUGAAGCUGCAUUGAGGUUCAGAGGCAACAGAGCAAAACUAAACUUCCCUGAAAAUGUUAGAGCAGUUCCACCUCUUCAACCUUUUCAAGCCACCACUAGACUAACUGUUUCCGACUCCUCCACCUCCCAAUUCCGGCCACUGGCGGCGCCGCCGCCUCCAUUCAUGCAGCCACCACAGAUUCAGGCUUCCCCUGACUUGAUCAGAGACUACUUGCAAUACUCUCAGCUUCUACAGAGUGACUUUCAACAUCAGCAACAACAGCAACAACAACAAGAACAGCAACAACAACGUUCUAACUUGCUUCAGUGGUACUAUAAUGCACAAUUGGCAUCACUUCAAUCACAUUCAUUGUUACCAUCAUCACCUUCAUUGUCUUCUAAUAUGUCACCAACAUCAUUCCCUUCAUUCUCAACAUCUACUCAGUUGUCCUCUGCUUCAUUUCCCUUGUUUUCAAGUCAACAAAUGGGCUAUUUACAGCCACCGGAAAACCGCCCUCCCGCCGGCGGCCGGCCAGAGUUUCCGCCGUCAACAUGGUCAAAUACCAGUGGCCAUCCACCACCUUCUGGUUGAUACAGUGUCUCCAUUUCCUUCAUAUUUUCCUUUUUUUGUUUUUUCUAUUUUUUUUUCUUUCUCUCAUACUUAGAGAAUGAAUAGUGAUAAAAGAAUUGCUUUUCUUAUUUCCUUUUGAUGAAACUUCAAACUUAGAUGCAAAUACUUAGCUGUUCUUAGUGUUAUAUUUUUCAAUCAAAAUUAAAAUUUCGUGUUGAUAA